CGCUCGAAAACAUUUGUGCCAAGCAGAACCGCAGCUACGCACACAGGUGUGAUUGAUUGUUACUUUAACAAAUUCCUACACAGAAGCUAACUUGCACGACUAGGUUGUAAUUCAGCACGCAGGAAUCGAUUAGUACUCCUUUUGGCGGGGACUUACCACAACAACCGCAACAGCCGUCUUCACACCGUUUUCUCCAGUCAGAAAAGCCGGCGCGUGUACUGAUGGAAGUAAAGGUCCAAAAUCCAUGGCACAGGCCAGUGGUCAUCUUUCUGGCUGGUGUCAUCACUGGAGGGAUCAUCAUCAUGGUGGCCAUAUCUGUCAUCCAGUACAAGCCUUUACCCCAGAAAUACAAAUAUGGAAUAGUUCUGGAUGCAGGUUCCUCCCACACCUCUGUGUUUAUCUAUGAAUGGCCAGCCGAGAAAGAAAACAACACGGGCAUGGUACGACAGAAACACACCUGUAACGUGGAAGGCAAAGGCAUCUCCAGUUACUCCAAUAAUCCAGUGGGGGCUGGCAGAUCACUGCAGAAGUGCAUGGAGGAAGCCAAGAAAACAAUACCCGCACACAGACACCACGAAACCCCUGUGUACCUGGGAGCCACAGCAGGCAUGAGGCUGCUCAAGAUGGAGAAUGAAGACGCCUCAGAAAAGGUACUGGAGUCUGUAGCACAUUCACUGAAGAGCUACCCCUUCUCCUAUCAGGGAGCUCGUAUCAUUACGGGCCAAGAGGAAGGUGCUUUCGGAUGGAUUACAGUCAAUUACCUGAGCAAAAACUUGAGAAAGCCCACAGGGACGCUUGGAGCUCUGGACCUGGGUGGGGCGUCUACACAGAUAACCUUCGUACCUCAACAGGAAAUUGAAUCGCAAGACAAUUCUAUUGACUUCAGGCUGUACGGAAACAAUUAUCACUUGUACACCCACAGCUUUCUCUGUUACGGGAAGGACCAAGUUCUUAAGAUUUCUAUGGGCAAGAAAAUGGAGUCAACAUUUAAAGCUGAUGAGACACACCCCAUUGAGUUGAAGGAUCCUUGCUUUCACCCUGGAUAUAACCUCACCAAGACGGCAGGAAGUGUCUUCGAUACACCCUGUAUGGAAGGAGUGAAAAUGGCAAAUGGCAGUUUCUUCCAUGUGGGGACUGGGAAUUGGUCUCAGUGCCAACAAUCAAUCAGAAAGGUUUUUAAUACCAGCUAUUGUCCUUAUUCGAGAUGCUCUUUCAAUGGCAUUUUCCAGCCUUCUGUCGAUGGAAAUUUUGGGGCCUUUUCUGCUUUCUUCUUCGUGAUGGACUUUUUGAAUCUGACAAGUGAUUCUUUAGACAUUACAAAGCAGAAUCUAUCAACGUAUUGUUCUACACCAUGGAAGAAGAUUGUACAAAAUCACCCCAAAACAAAAGAGAAGUACCUUUCAGAAUACUGCUUCUCAGCAACCUACAUUCUCACUCUUCUGGAAGACGGAUACAAAUUCACCUCCAAAAACUGGAAAGACAUCAAGUUCAUUAAGAAGAUAGAAGACAGUGAUGCAGGCUGGACAUUGGGUUACAUGCUUAACCUGACCAACAUGAUCCCCGCUGAAGCGCCGGACACACCGCUGAUGCCUUAUGGGGGAUAUGUCGCAUUUAUGCUCCUCUUUUCACUCCUAAUCCUUGUUCUCCUUCUUAUGGUGUAUUUGUAUUUCCGUCGGUCCUCUAGAACAGCCCAGAAAGACAUCAUUUAGACAGGGAUAAUAUGCUGUGGUUUAUUUCAGAACAAAUUUUUUAUAAAUCCAAAAUCAUGUUUGACUUGAUCUGAACGGUUUUAAACUUCACAGAAUUUGAAAGUCAUACCUCAUGUGAAGGAUAAACAGGUUUUUGGAGAAAGAUGGGUUACAGGUUCCAUCCGAAGGGACGUCAGAUUCCAUUCCCAGUGUAUUUUGUGCCCACUUAAGUUUUUAAAAAUCAUGAUGAGUACAGGUUUUAGCUUUUGGGGGGGGUUUAAAGGGGGCUGUAGAGCUUUCUUAAAAGGAAAUGUGCACUGACAUUCAAAAUAUCACGUGCCUUUAGUUUUUAAUGAAGUUUUUUUUUUAUGUAUAGAAAAGCGCACAUCUUCUUGAUGCCAGUAUCUUUUUAUUUUUUUUUUUACUUAUCAAGAAAUGUCUUGAAAGGUCUUUAGUUGUAUACCUUUUUUGCAUUAUGGCCCUAUGAAAAUCACUGGAUAUCAUUGUUUAAACAUGGCUUUCAGCAUAGCACAUUUUUUACUGAAUUGCAAAAUGAGGGGCUUUUUUUAUUUCUUUGCUUACCGUUUCUCGCUUUGUAUUACAAUCACUUUUUUAACAUCAUGAUGUAACAGAGUUAAAAUAAUGCUUUGUCCUAAAACCAUGUUUAUGUCUGCUUCUAUAAGGCACAUUCUGUAUAUGAAAUCCCUGGGUAUGGUGAUGUGUAAAAUUGUGUGAGAUUUUGUUUUUUAUAUAUUUAAACAAAACCUGUAGCAAAUUUCUAUUAAAAUUACAAAUGAC